AGGAGCGAAUAAAAAAACAUUUCUUAUAGCUGUUAAUAGCUACAUAUCUAAGGAAGCACUUUAUCGCAGAGGGGCAGCAGAAUUUAUUUAUGCAGGCAUGCAGAAAAUGAAGAUGUUUGGAGUUGAAAAAGAUUUGGUGGCAUACAAAGCUCUUAUUCAGGUCUUUCCAGAAGGUAAAAUGAUCCCGCGUAAUGUUUGGCAAGUUGAAUUUAUGCACUAUCCUCGACAGCAGCAAUGUGGUAUUGACCUUCUUGAACAGAUGGAGCACAAUG